GGCUAUCAAAAACCAUUUUGCUUAAAACCCUAAACGCUUACUUGUCUGUUUAAUCUUACACUCAAUCUCUAACUUCUUUGUCAAUCAUGCGACCUCCAAGAGGCGGCGGGUUUGCUGGUCGCAGUCGUGGGGGCGGCGGUUUCAGGGGUGGAAGGGAUGGAGGAGGCCGCUUCGGUGGUGGCCGCGGAGGACGAGGUGGCGGCGGUGGUCGUUUUGGUGGUGAUCGGUUCAAUGAAGGCCCUCCUGAAGAAGUUGUAGAGGUAUCGGCAUUUGUUCAUGCUUGUGAGGGAGAUGCAGUCACAAAGCUAACUAAUGAGAAAAUACCUUACUUUAAUGCCCCAAUAUACCUACAAAACAAAACACAGAUAGGCAAAGUUGAUGAAAUCUUUGGCCCCAUCAAUGAAUCAUUCUUCUCUGUUAAAAUGAUGGAAGGUAUUGUAGCAACUUCUUAUGCAGCUGGUGAUAAGUUCUAUAUUGACCCAAUGAAACUGUUGCCACUAGCCAGAUUUCUUCCACAGCCAAAGGGAGCAACUGGCGGAAGAGGUGGCGGACGAGGAGGUGGUAGAGGCGGUGGACGUGGUGGUUCUUUCCGUGGGAGAGGUGCUCCAAGGGGAGGCGGCUUUCGUGGAGGUGGCGGCGGCGGCUUUCGUGGUGGUGGUGGCCGUGGCGGUGGUUUCAGUAGGGGUAGAGGAAGAUCGUAGAAUAUAUGAUUGUUUUUAAGUACUCUAUUAAAAGUGUUGUUUGAUUUUAUGUUGUAAUUCUCAAACGACUUUUAAAUGCAAUGGAACCA